AUGUGGGGAAAAGCGUCUUUUCGCACCCGCAAGCCCUCGAGUGACAUUCCUGUGUUAACAGACUCUCGAGUCCACCAGCCUUCGACAGUCAAUAAUCACAAACGAGACAUCUCUGCAAAAGCAUUGCCGACAUUGCCGUUGUCACCCGGCUUCAGUUCGCAGUUCACCUCGUAUCAGCUAGAGCCCAACCAGCGGGCGCCGUCUUCGAUUUACUCGAGGGACACAGUCAACUUUGACCAUCAUCGUCAACGCUCUAUCAGUGAUACACACCAGUUCCCACCACAGCUUGACCCUCCGGACUCCGCCAAUGGCCACGCUCAAGGAACGAGGAGUGUCGACAUCUCCCCUCCUGACUCUCCCAUCAAGACCCCCAACAGCCGAGACAGCGCCCGAGUUUCCCCUAUAGAAGAUGAUCCACUGCAAGCGAGCGGCCUCAAAUUCUCAAGUCAGAUACCCGUGCCUCGAAAGCGCGCCGACUCAAAACUAGACCAACCGUUGAACCCGCUGUCCAAGGCCAAUGCUACAAAAUGGGACAAUUUCUCUGGCGAGCCGACUACGAGCAACCAUGGGAGGUUCGGACAGGUCAACCCCGGCAAUGUUUCGUUCGAAACACACGUAUCUGCCCCCCGCCAGCGAUCCAACAGCUCGAAGCUCAUGGACUGGGGCAAGGAGCAUUUGCAUUCAAGGAAGAAAACGUCCGAAUCCCGUAAUCGAUUUUACGCCGGUGAAGCGACUCCCUUUGUUCAUCGAGAGCCAUGGAGGGGACAAAGUGGGCGCUCACCCAUGGUCUAUCCAAUCCAAGAGAAGCCCAGGAACCGGUCAUCAUCCCGUCUACAUUUUUCACGGAGUAGCGACCGGCUGAGAGAGAUGAACACUCCGUCUCCUAUAGUGGGAAGUUCCGGAACAUUCACCACGAUAAUCACCGCUGGCGAACAGAACCACAGGCAGCAGCCUCAACCUCGGCCAAGGCCGCAGGGGCCGUAUGGGCAUGACGCACCUCAGAGCCGUAACGCUAGUGCUGUCAGCGUCACCAGCACUGCCCCGCCACGUGUGGAUCUUGUAUCCAGUCCUGAUCUGAGCGCCAGCCUGACUGACUUAACGCUUGCCGAUGAUGAAUAUAACGAACCCACAAGUCGCUUCAGUGUGACUACCUAUGGUACCACCGAAGUCGAAAGUUCGACUCCAAGCCCGAGAAACAGCAUAACCCCUAGCCCACCGCCAAGCAUCAUCGAAACAGCGUCGCAACGAUCUACUGAUACCACCCGCUCAAUCAUGUCUCGAUCACGACCGGUGCCUAGCGCUAUUGCGCCCGGGAAGCGCCCCGUUAGGAAGCCCACCCCGUCCGAAAUCUCGAACAAGGCGCUUCCUCCAAACCCGGCUGAGAUGACCGUCCAGGGUCGCAUAGACAUGCUGGAAGCGAAGAGGGCCGAGCUCGUGCGUCGCAAAGCGAAUAUAAGCACGAUGAUCAAUGAGUUGACGCAGGUCAUCCAACCGAGCUCUAUAGCGUACGAUAUGGCUGCCCGUGAAGAAGUCAAAAAGACGGUUGCCAGUCUCAACAGCGAGUUGGCCGACAUUCAAAAGGAAGAGCAUGACAUCGGCCUGAAGUUGCUCCGAGCGUGGAAGAAGCGCGAUGAUGGUGAUUUCUACGGUGCAAGCAGCAGCCUAUGGGUCAAGCGAGUGACCAGCUAG